AUGGCCUUGCCAUCCUUGACCAAAAUAUACCACAACAAAGCCUACGCGGCAAUCGACGCGACGAGGCCAGAAUUGUCCGUCAAAGGGAAAACGGUUGUCAUCUCUGGCGGAGGAACCGGAAUCGGUGCUGCCAUGACCUUGGGGUUUGCACAGGCCGGGGCGGCCAAAAUCGCCAUCACCAGUCGGCGUGCUGGUCCAUUGAACGAGACCAAGCAAAAGGUCGAGGCGGCAGUGUCGGGUGUCAAGAUCCUGGCCGUGCCUGGCUGCGACAUCUCGGACCUAAAAGUGACCAAGGACACUUUCGACAAGAUCCAUGCCGAGUUCGGCCAUAUCGACAUACUCAUCGCCAACGCGGGAUAUCUGUCCCGCCUGGAGAAUAUCGAUGUCACCGACCCGGACGAAUGGUGGACUGGGUAUGAAAUCAACGUCCGUGGCACCUUCAACACGGCCAGAUCUUUCCUCCCCUAUGCCAAUCCAGCCGGUGCUCUCGUCGUGGACGUUACUACCGCCGUCAUCCAUUUCCCUUUCGGUCCUAGCUUUUCCAGCUAUGUGCCUUCCAAGUUCGCUGCCACCAAAGUCUGGGACGGCUUUGCAAAGGAGCACCCUUCCAUUCCCGUUUUCCAUCUCCAUCCAGGUAUCGUCCCCACAGAACUGAACAUUAAGAGUGGCUUUCCAGCUUCGGAUAGUGCUGAUCUUGCGGGAAAUUUCGUCGUUUGGCUUAUCAGCCCAGAGGCGAGAUUUCUGCGGGACAAAUUCGUCUGGGCCAAUUGGGACGCACCGGAACUGCUGGAACGUAAAGCCGAGCUGUCUCAGCCAGACAAACUCAACAUCGGCCCUUAA